AUAAGCGAACGUUCUCCAACUUUCAUUCAAGCAGUCAGCAAAGUUUCGCAAAAUGAUAUUCAAACUUGCGAUCAGUUCACUACUUCUCCUGUCCGCCUUCCACGGCGCAUUUUCGAAUGCCGUUCAGAAGGAAGAUCGUGACGUCAUCAGAAACAUAACGAAAGCAAUUAUCGAUACAAAUAAAAAAAUUAAUAACGCAACGAUGUUUGAUUGUACGGUAAAUUUUAACGCGGCAAUUCAACCGGCAAUCAACUCUUUCAUGAACCAAGCUAAGAAUAUGGAUGAAACGUGCAGAAAAGAAUUGAAGGAGUCCAAAUGUUUGUCUUCGAUGAAUAAACUACCUUCAUUCAUCCAGCAAGAUUUCUCUAAGAUCUUCGACAAAAUCAGAAAAGACAUACAAAAAUGUUAUAAUAAAUAUAAUCCUAUUUCUGAUGAAUAAGACUAAUGUAUUUCACAGGAUAACAGAUUUGUUAAUUCAAAAUUAUUGCUUUAAAAAAAUAUUCAAAUAAUUCAAUUAUAAUUAAAUCAAUUGCAACAUUA